AUGGAUUAUGAAGCUGUAAAUAUGGCCACACAAUUCACAAGUAAAAUCCCCGGUCCAGGGAAGAAGAAAUCCUUUCUACCAGCACCAGUUAAAACCAGUUCAGCUCCUUUACCAACUAAAUCUCCUUCUCCCGAACCAAAAGAUCCAUUUGCUAUUGGAGACAGGGUUUGUAUCGCUGGUAUUAAAUUUGGAACUCUUCAGUAUUUCGGUGAAACUCAUAUUGCCCCAGGAUUAUGGUGUGGUGUGGAACUUGACGAACCAGAAGGCAACCAUGAUGGGAUGGUUCAAGGUCGUCGAUAUUUUACUUGUGAAUAUAAACACGGUAUAUUUGCUCCUCUUGACAAAGUCGCUCUCUUAGAAGAGGAUAUUUAUUUCGAAGAUGAUUAUAUGGACACAGGAAGUGAGUUAGAAGAGCCAGUCAUAGCGCGACCCAAAAAGAGUAAACAUCAUAGCAGUGAAUCUAAAAUAGCCAGAAGUCGUUCGUCACAUGAUGCUGAUUAUUCGAAAUCUAAGAUAGGACGCGGCUCUGGUAUACCGAAACCUGGAUCGAAACAAAGACCACUUUCUUAUCAUUCCUCUAGUGAAUCCUUAACUCAAACUUCUCCUAUAAAGACAAGGUCACUGAAAAGUGUCAUAAAAUCUCAAAAUAGUUUGGAAGAGGAUGAAACUAAUGUGCCACACCCUUCGAAGCCUUCUCAAAUUCCCGGCAUUUCGCGGUUACCCAAAUACUCACAAAGCAGUGGAAGUCUAGUCAGGUCUCCUUCUAGCUCUGAACAUAUUGUAGCUGAUAUAACUAGUCCCCAGUCUGGAGAAAGUAUAAUUUCUGCUGAGUUUAUAGAUGAUGAGUCAUAUGAAAUAGAAAGUGAAAAUAAUUCUCCUCGACAUCAGUCUCCCAAACGUCAAGCUUCAUUGGGACAGUCUCCGGAAGAGACCUACAGCAACCAUGUUUCUGUGCAAUUGAAAUCUGAUAGUCGGCACUAUUUGAACCUGACUUUUGACCCUAAUGAGGGUGGAUAUGUUAAGUCAAAUUUACCUGAUGUAGUGGCAUCUACUUCACCCUCUCCUGACAACAAGGAAUUUGGUCGAGAUACCUAUCGUGACAAUGUAGAUGGCCAUGGAAAUGUAACUUUGGAAAGUUGUGGUUCUGAAACAUUGGAUUCUUCACGAUUAGAUGAUAUUAAUUUGUUGGACAGUAUUUGUGAUUCUAAAUCAGAUAAAAAGAAACGUGAAUCACUUUCAGUGUUGUCUGAACAGUUUGAUAAGUUGAAACUUAACAAUUCUCCCUUAACUUCAAAGGGCAAUAACUCUAGUGCUACUCAGGAUGUAAGUUCUAGUCUGAAACUUUCACGGGACCAAUUUGUAAAUAUGGAAGGAGAUUUAGUUUCCGAUCAAAUGACCUGUUCUAACUCACAAACAUUGCAACAAGAAGUUGCACCAACCAUGAUGAAAAGUCUUGAUGACUCUAGUCGCAAGAUAAUGAUGGAUUCGGGGAUAUCAGAAAUGUCUGCUAGUCAAUUGACAGACUCCAUGACACGUUCACAUCAAAUGGACAAUAUUCAUGGAGUUCUGACGAAAAGUACAGACAUGGGAAAGAGUGUGCCCAUCUCGGAUCAGAUUGUGAUGACAGAUUCAGGAAUAGCCGGGAGUUACCAUCGUGAUGCUAAUGUGGGAUUUGUAUCUAAUGAUGUGAAACUGUCUGAGGAUCUGCUGGCUGGACAUAAUAAACAUGAACGUCCAGUGUCUUUAAUAUCUACAACUAGUGCUGAUACAGAAGAAAUUCUAGUUGUAAUACAGUUUCAUAUUCUAAGAACUGAUGAUUUGAAGUUCUGUUAUGUUCCUGACACUGAUUCAGAAUGUGGAACUAAAACAACCAACUCUCCAGGAGAAUGGCCUGCUGAGAGACUGGGUGACCAAACAUCUAUGACAGAAAGUCAGAUUAUCCAGUAUCAGGAUAGUUUUCAAGCAUCUUGUAUUUCAGAAGAAGUGAAACAUAUUAUUAAUGCUCAGAUCUCGGUAGAUUCAGACGUAAGUGGUACAACUCAUGACACUGAAACUGAUCGUGAAAGUGAAGUAUCAGAAACACACAUUACAGAAACAUUAAAACUUGAUCCAGCUCAGGAAUCCAGGUCCCUUUCAUCCCACAAUAGUGAAGAUGACCGUAUUGAAGCUGAUCAAAUUUCUAGUGAUAUUGAUGAUAACCUUGGUGAUAAAGGCCUUGAAAAUAACCAUGACAACCACCAACAUGAACAACCAUCUCCAGGAUCUGAAAAUAGUGGUGAUGUGGUCUCGGUCGUCGACAAUACGGAGGUCUUGGAAACUGCCACAGAAGAGGGAGGCGUAUCCAAUGAUGGAAAGACCCCGAACAAUAAAACCACAAGUUCGAAAGCUUCUCCAAAACAUGCAGUUAAAACUGAACACAAGAAACCCAACACCAAGGUGUCGUCAAGAUUAGCUGAUUACAUUAACACCCCUGCACCUCCCCCUAAACCCAAAGAAGAGACCCCAAACAAGAAAAAUCUUAUGAACAAGAAGAACAUUGACAAGACAAAUGAGAAAAAUGUGGCCAACAUCCAGAAAACGGAAAGUUGUAGGAAGCCAAAAAUUGAGAAGGAGCCACCCAAGAUCAUUAAGCGUUCACCACCCAAGAGUAAAUGGGGUUCUAUUAUGUCCCAGAUUGAAUCCCAUAAAGAUGACAAGCCAGUGAAAGUUAAGACUGAAGUUAAGAGCAAACUUCAGGAAUAUCUUUCCAACCCUGCCCCAGCUCCUGUUCGUAAAGAAAAAACUCCCAAAAAAGAGAGCAAACCAAGAAGUGUAAUCACAAAUUCACCUAAACCAGACUACAGUAAAGUGAAGAGUCGUCUGUCAGUUAUUGCACCACCUCCAAAACGAGAUAAUUCACCCUCGAGUAGAAGAGGGUCAAAAGUAGAGAAAGGAAACCUCCCCACCCCAGGUUCAGCAGGCAGUAGCAAGACCGAUAUUAGUUUAGAAGUUAAUGCUAACAGAACACCAAGAACAUCUAUAUCAACAACAAUAUCUAAGCUAGCAGCAGAAAGUCGACGUUCCAGUGUUUCUAGUGUACGUUCUGACAAAUCUCAGGGUUCCACAAAAGCUGUGAAUAGUAAACUUUCAAGUAGAAAGAAUUCCACAACAGAAUCUAAAAUUGCUGCACCAAGACCUCCCAACAAAAAACUGGUGAAGAGUUCCAUACCACCAGCCAUUAGGACACCAAAAAAGGUGCUACCUACUGUAAACGAGAGGUCUUCAAAGAAAGAUAACUCUCGUUCGGUUUCCCUGACUAAAACACCUAAAAAAGCUUCUAGCGUAGGAGAAUUGUAG